UGCCACCUUGUGAUAACUUUUGUAAUAAUCUUCAUGCCAACUUCGUCUCUUCGUCACUCAAAGUUAGUCACCAUUUUAAUUUUGGUCUUUUCUCCUCACUGAAGAAGAUAAAACUGCCUCUAGUAAAAAAAAAGAUAUCGAAGGGUUGGUUAUCUUUUUACGAGCCUGUCGACAAAAGAUUGAAGGAACAUAAAACUUGAAAGAAGAUUUGCUAGAGAAGAAAGAAAAUAAUACUCGUUUGUAACUGGAGUCUUGUUUUAGGAACAAGUACGACGACUGAUUACGCCGAAAUGUUGCUUGAUAAGGAUUUGGGCAGCCUCGAGGGCUGGUGCUAUCCGGACCGUCCAUUGAUGAUCAAUAGGAAGUACUCGUACAAAUUGCUCAAUAUGCACAGCCCUGACAAUUUUUCAAUCAUCGUGGUGGAUCAGACUUCCGUGGUUAUUCAAAGGCAGAUUAAGGAGGCAAUGGAUCUUCAUUUGCACAACAUUGCCGGUUGUGCACCGGUUGACGUUGCUUGUCUGAAGGAUAGACUUCCUGUAACUGUCAAAUUUGAGGAUGGGAAAUUUCACCGAGCAGAGGUCAAUUUAGUUGAAGAGAAGGGCGUGAAUGUGUAUAUGGUGGAUUCAGGAGUGGAUAUUUUGAUCUCGGCUGAUUCCAUAUAUCCGUCGUCAACAGAACUUUUGAGACUUCCAAAGCUUUCGUUAAUGUGUCGUCUUGCUCAAGUUGUCCCAUUUGAGGAACAGGAAAAGUGGAAAAAGUAUGACUACAAGUCGCUGUUCCAAGGAAAGAAUACAUCAGUGUUCUCAAUUUCUCUAAUUGACCGUGGAGUCUCUGAAGUUUGGCUCACGUGUGACAAGAAGGAUGUUGGCUUCGAAAUGGUUAUGAAUUUGGGUUUAGCUGAUUUUGUUCCGCUAAGUACUCAUGGGACCAAUGAUGAAGGGCCACAAAUGCUUGGAAAGUAUCCUCGAUAUGAUUACAGUGAUUGGAUUGGACAGAAAAUCGGAGUCUUUGGGACGAAGGUUUCAAAAGUGGGAUCGAAUUUCAAAGUGCAUCUUCAACUUCAUCCGACUAUAAUGGAGGCUGUUGAUGCUGGAUUGUUGAAGUAUGACUCUACUUCCAAAGACGCCAAGGACUUUUCAAAGGAUAUUGGUGAUGCUGUUCUUGUUGCGUAUGGCGAGGACAAAAUGAAUUAUCGAGCUACCAUUUUUCAAAAGUCAAGGGUUGGGUACUUGGUAAAACUGGUAGAUUAUGGAGACUUUGUCAAUGUUCAGGAAAAAGACAUGCUCAAGAUUUCGAAAGAACUCGUUGAGAUUCCUGAAGCAGCCACACCCUGCUACUUAAUUGAACUAUUGGCAGCGGACCCGAGCAAACUUCCUUCAGAUGAAACCACCAAGGGCAAAUUGAUGGAGUUGAUUAUUGAAAAAAAUCUGGAAUGUUACAUUAGCCAUGCAAAUUUCAUUGAUGACGUGGAUCCCCGAGAAAUUCGAAAGUGCGUAGUGACCCUUGCCUCAGAAGAAGGGACACCACUGCUUGAUGAUUUUGGCCUAAGAAAGCCAAACCUCUGCAAGUAUUAUACAAACGUUGACCACGAAUUUCCCAUGAUCGACCAGGGUCUUGCAAAGGAAUUAUUUAGUGGCCCCUCAGCAUACAUGUCGGGAGUUCAAUAUGAAGGAGUUGUGUCUUUCAUAGAAAAUUAUGACUCGAUUUGCAUUCAGCUAGAAGGUGACGACCAUCGAGCGGAUGGACUAAGUGAAGAACUGACACAAUUUUUGAAUAAUUGGAAAAAUGUCCCUCAACUGAAUCCUUCAUCUCUGAUCAAUGGAACUUACGUCGCGGCCAGGCAAAACAUUGAAGAUGAUUUACGCUACUAUAGAGCUAAAAUUUUGGAGGCUUGUCCAGACAAAGAUGCGUACAAAGUCGUUUUUCUGGAUUAUGGAAAUUAUGAUGUCGUUACUUCUGCAAUGAUAAAACCCCUCCCGUCUUACUUUUGCAAGGACAAAGCGUUUGCUCUUAAAGCCUCAAUCCCAAUCAAAGUACUCCCCGGUGUAAGUGAAGACGAGGUGUAUCACUAUGUUGAAAAGUUUACAGAGGAACAAGAGCUUACCGUGUAUCUCAAAACUAUGGAUAACUUAAUUUAUGCUUGGAUCAUGUGUAUGGACAAAAUGCUUACAACAUCUUUGAUUGAGAGUAAGAAUCCCCUCGUCAUGCUGAUCUUUCCAACCCCAAUUAUUCCAUUGAAAAAUUAAAGUAAAACUAAAAAUGCGUUUGUUUUUUAGUACUUAUGAAUGAUAAUGUUUUUAUUUUCCAAAUUUACUAAUGGUUUGUUAUCCAACUAUGUAUGUCCUUUUUAUAUUUACUUUACGAGUAGUUUAGCUACUUUUUAGUAGUUAUAUACAUGUAGACAUACCUACAUACGUUAUAACCAUACAGGUACACCUACAUGUGUUAUAGCGGCUUAUCUCACAAUUGUUACGAAUAAAAUUAUUAAUUAAAUAAUACAAUUAUUUCGA